AAUGACUCGAGGGAAGAACAAGAGAGGUUCCAUUAAACGAUUUCGUCGAUAACGCGGCGGGGUAUCAGAAUCAUCAGCGCAAUCUUAUUGCUUCUAUAAGGGGCGCCUUAAAACACCCCUGGGGCGCGCGCCUGCGAAAUAUCAGAUUCUACCACCUGACUCGCGUUUGUCUACGUCCUCGUCGUUCAGUCUUGCCUCCACUUCCAUCCGGGCAUGUUUUUCAUCUUCGUCCGAAUAGUCCGUCGCGUUGGUUCUCCACUUGAUCCUCCGAAGCCACGGUUGUUAAUCGGUUUUGCGCGAAUACAUUUACUCUUUGGUAUCUGCGAAGGAUGUAUUCAUCAUCUGGAGAGCAUCGAAGAUUCAACAGUUUCAGAUUAAAAUAACGGCGUUUCCUUCGAGCACGCUUCCUUCUUGCUGAAAUCUAUCGGAGCGAUGAAGAACAUAUGAAAAUUAACGAAACGCAUUUGCGCGGAAAAGCUUUGCGGUUCUUAGACCCGCUACAUGAAUGCCAAGGAUGAAUCAUCCUCUUCAAAUCUGGAAAGUUCAAGCGAGGAUAAGAAGGACAAAAAAGAAAAUAUCGAGAACGAAGAUGAAAAUCCCGGAGAGGAAGUGGUGACAAAGACGGAUGCGACAAAUUGUGAUACCAAAUCUCUCGAAGAGAAACCAAACUGCCCGGAAAAUAAAACCGAACCGUCUUUAGAACUGCCUUUAGAACCGACCCUUCACGAACGAUUUUUGCGUAUCAAGCAAACCGUGAAGGACGCUAUAGCUGCCCAUCAUACUUUUAUGAUUUACGGCAAGUCACGGGUCAUUCGCGAUUGCAUGUUGAAACGAGGAUGGUGUGAGAAAUUUUAUCGCAGAAACAGUGGCGGCGAUCAGCAUGUCGGCGUCGAUUCCAGCCCGGUAUAUCUACUGGCUGGUAUCGGCGAUCUGAAGGAUCAGCAAAGCGAACGUCUAUUGAUAUCAAAGAUGCUCACCAAUCACACCGUCGACUUUCUGUGGAACACUGGGUCUGACUGGCCCGGAUGGCCUGCCCAAGAUAACAAAACUACUGUGUUCAAUCGAUAUUGUCGAGCUGGCUUUACAUCCAAGGUGGGCUUGUGUUCAAGCGUCAGGCAAAUGCACUGGUAUUAUGAAGCUGGAGUGGCUAACACUUUGUUUCCGCGUUGCUACAACAUAUGCCAGGGCGAUCAGAUGCACGCCUUCGUCGAGGACUUUCGACUCACAGGCUGUCUGAGUCUCUUGAAAUGGUUGGUGGACAAGGUCAACGCCGAGGACGAAGACGCCGUGCGUUCACCAACCGGCACAGUGCCUCUCAAGGCUCUCGACUUCGCAAUUAAGAGAUGUAGCGACUAUAUUAGCGCCCAAUCGCACGAGGACAUUGAUCAGGAGGCUGAGAAGGUUUGGUCUCACCAGUGGGACCAAUUUAUCACCUGGUACUACCAGAUUGUUCGCGGUCAAGCUCUCUUUGUCCGCACCAACGUGCCCUUCAACAAAUAUGUCCUAGCUUCGAAGCAUAUAUUAAAGAAGAUGAGGAAGUAUUGGCCACAGAUAGAUAUGGACGGCAUAUUGAACAUGUGGAUCUUGAAACCUGGGAACAAGAGCCGGGGACGCGGUAUUGUUCUGAUGAACAAGCUGGAGGACGUAGUAGCGAAAGUAAACCCAACAGGCAAACCGGACACGCGAUAUGUCGUGCAGAAAUAUAUCGAACGGCCAUUACUGAUUCACAAUACAAAAUUCGACAUACGUCAAUGGUUCAUCGUGACGUGCGCUCAACCUUUAACUCUCUGGAUGUAUAAAGAAAGCUACCUUCGUUUUUGCUCGCAAAAGUUCAGUCUGGAUGACUUCCAUGAGUCGAUUCACCUGUGCAAUAACGCGAUUCAAUGCAAAUACAAUAACUGUGGCGACAGGGACUCUGCUCUACCCGCGGACAAUAUGUGGGACGCCACGACAUUCAAGGAAUUCCUCAAAUCUCAGGGUCACAGUGAUGCAUGGGACGAUCUGAUAUACCCGGGAAUGAAACAAGGCCUUGUGGGCUCGUUAUUGGCCAGUCAAGAGGCCAUGGACCGACGAAAGAAUAGUUUCGAACUGUACGGCGCCGACUUUAUGGUCAUGGAAGAUUUUUCCGUAUGGCUGAUCGAGAUCAACAGUCAUCCAGACAUGAGCUACUCCACUAGUGUUACUACGCGAUUGUGUCGACAAGUGAUGGAAGAUACCAUUAAAGUCGUGGUAGACUUUCGAGAAGAUAAAAAUGCAAAUACUGGAGAUUUUGAGUUAGCAUAUAAGCAGAGAAUGCCGAGCUGCCAGCCGUAUUUAGGCGCAGCUCUUUCGCUUCAGGGUACUCGUAUCACCACCUGUGAGAAGAAAUCAAGUCUGUAUCAGGAUUCCAAAUCCAGCCUAGUCGCAAGGUCUCCAAUGACGAAAAAGAAGUCGAUGGUACAUAGUAACAUCGGGCCAGUAAUCGUCGAUCUCAUCGAGGAACUGGAGAUCCAGCUCGAUCAAGAAUUGUACUCUUAUUAUAAUACAGAUUCGCCCAAGUCGAGACCAGCACUUCCGGCGACUGCACCGGCAAAGCCUUCGAAGGCAUCCAUUUCCGAUGAGAAAGCGGAAACCGUGACAAAGAGUACUUCAGCAUGUACAACAUCUAUUAUCAAGACAAAGUCACCAACUCCAUCUAAAACUAACGUCCAGAAUCACACUAAAUCUUCGAAUAACGAGAAAAAAUCUUCGCAUAAACCGGCACGAAAGUUACGCACGGUCACUGCGGGCAGCAAACUGGAUACAUCUCCGAGACAAACGUUGAUCUCAAAGAUUAUGGCUCUUCAGGAACAAUCGACGAAUAUGGCGACUAAAUCUGAGAAAUCGUCGAGAAAAAAUGAAGAUAAGAUCAUCAAAUCUGCGAUGCGAGAUGCCGUAAAAAAGUACAAAAGAAACGUGACUAUCCGGCCGGAAGUACCGCCACUGCCAUCCCUACUUACGUCAACACCGAAAGUCACUCCCGUGUCGACAACGAAGAGCAAGAGCCGCAGCUUCCCGAAAAAACAAACGCAUAAAAAAAAUAAAAUUCUAACAGACAUCUCCGAUAUGUAUGCUGUCGGUUUGAAUGGUUUACAGCAAAUAGAAAAAUUGCUCCGGAUUCCAGCGGAUUUUAUAUGGUAUACGAACAAGAGACCUAUUAUAAGAACGGACGACAAGACUACAGUGAACAAAUUCGCUGGUAGCUAUUUUACGUCCAAGUCAGCACAAAUGGAAGAGUUCAUACAGGAUUAUUACAUCACUGCGUGUUUCGGAACUUUAAAAUGGUUCUCGUUGCUCGCCAAUUUGGUAGGACCGAAGAAUACCUGGUCCCCAAAUGGAACAAUCCCCGUAAAUGCAAUUUCCUUCGCUUUGGAACGCUGUAUAGAAUAUAUAAGUAUUCAAAUACAUGAGGACAUAGACCGUACAGAUUAUGAGGAUACACCUCUUCCUGCUUGGCACCAAUUUUUAGAUUGGUAUCACGAUAUAAUAUACAAGCGUGUUUUAUUGAAAGAAACCGAUAAAGUUGACAUAGAUGAGCUUGUAGUAUCUGUGCGCGAUAUAGUAAGAACAAUGAUUAAGUACCGACCACAAAAUAAGAUCGAUGGUAUAAGAAAUAUAUGGAUUUUAAAGCCAGGCGACGAUAGUUCAGGACGCGGAAUUGUUCUACAGAGUUCUUUGGUUGAUAUUCUCGCCAAGGUGAAUCAAGCAGCGAAAGAAAGUGUCGCGUAUGUCGUGCAGAAAUACAUAGAACGACCACUGCUUGUUCAUAAGACAAAAAUAGAUAUCAGGCAAUGGUUUCUGAUAACUAGUACACAACCUCUCGUCGUGUGGAUGUACAAGGAUAUUUUAAUACGAUUUGCUUCGAAAGAUUUCACCCUCGGUAAUUUUCACGAGUCCAUUCACUUGUGCAACACGACGGUACAGCUCAAGUACCGAAAAUUACCAACAUGUAAUUCCGACUUACCUGAGCAACGUCAUUGGAAUCUUCAAGACUUCAGGGAUUAUCUUCAAUCGCGCGGUCAAGAGUUGGCUUGGGAAACGACAAUCAGACCGGGAAUAAAGCAAAACCUAAUAGGAGCACUUCUGGCGUCGCAGGAUAACAUGGUAAAUCGUAAGAACAGCUUUCAAUUGUACGGUGCUGAUUUCGUAGUGGCCGAUGAUUUUUCGGUAUGGCUGUUGGAAAUAAAUACCAAUCCACGAUUACAUCCACCAAGCAGCAAAGUCACCGCGAAGCUCUAUCCGGAAGUAAUCGAAGAUGCAAUGAAAGUGGUAUUAGAUCGGCGUAAAAAUAAAAAAGCAUCCUACGGAAGAUUCGAAUGUAUUUACAAGCAACGCAAUCCAUUUUGCGGCAUCAAUAUUUUGGGACAAGGCACGAGUCUCGGUAUUCGUGGCAAGGGUUUAUUCGUUACGAAAUCAUCGUGACAUUUCUGACGUAACACGACUAUCUAAAGUGACAUCGCCGAAAUUCAUCUGUCAGAAAGUCUAUUUUGCAAAGAACUGUUUCAAUCUCGAUCAUAAUCUGCUCGGUAACGCAAGCAAUUUCGUAUUAGCAUAUAAACAAAGUUGCAAAUCGCCAUGUACGUGUAUAAA